AUGCUGCUCCAAUGUACUUAUGCGGAAAUUUUUCAAAUGCCUAAAUCCAAGCACGAAGCCGAUUUUCAGUUUGUUUACAUGUCUCCACUGGAAAAAAUGUCAUGUUCACAAGCAUCUGGCCCAGGCUUAAAGAAUCUAGACGUAUCAUAUUAUAAGCAUACUUUGUUUACUCACGGUCAGUGUGCAUCGGAGCAGAAUAAUUGCAAUACAAGGCCUUAG